UCGUCUUGUCAACUAGAUUAUAAAUGGGCACCAGGGAGAACCAGCUGAUGUUUGGCCAGGAUAACCGGGACCGCAUCCACGCCGUGGAGAGCUCGUUUGGGCCGUCGGGGAAGCCCCUGUUCGAGCCGGGUCGGGUCCUGAUCGGAGAGGGCCGGCUGAUGAAGAUGAGCCGCCGGGGGCCACAGCCCAAGGUCUUCUUCCUCUUCAACGACGUGCUGGUGUACGGCAGCAUCAUUCUGAACCGCCGCUGGCACAAAAAACAGAAGAUCAUCCCUCUCGAGGACAGCCAGAUUGAGGACUUGGAAGACGGCAUAAAAAUGAGGAACCAGUGGCUGAUCCGGACGCCGCGCAAGUCCUUCUACGUGGCCGCCGCCUCUUCCGAGGAGAAGCGCGCCUGGAUCGAGCACAUCGAGGACUGUCGGUCCAGUCUGCUGCGGAGCGGCGUCUGCCAGACCGGGUCCAACUUCGCCAAAACCUGGAUCCCCGACCGGGACUCCUCGGUCUGCAUGCGCUGCCAAGAAAAGUUCACCGUGACGCAGCGUCGGCACCACUGCCGAAAAUGCGGCUUCGUCGUCUGCGGCGCGUGCUCCAAGCAGCGAGCGGUGAUCCGACACAUCCACCCGACCAAAUGGCUGAGGGUCUGCACCAUGUGUCACUCCGGCCUCGCGACGACGGAAGCCCAGGAGGGGCCCCGCGCGCAGGGCGGCAGCACGGAGAAGAUCGGCUUGGACGAAGACGAGGUGGACGGAUUGAGUGAGGAAGAGGAGGCCGAGGAGCAGACGGAGGACCACGACCCCGGCACGUGGAUGAACUCCCGGAUGGACCCCUGGUCCACCUACGUGUACUUCAAGCCAGAGCACUCGCAGCCCCGGAUAUAGGCGCCGGAAGAGGCCUCUGGGUCUCUCUUGAACGUGGACUGAUGCAGCUCCGUGCAAUGGGAGCCGGUUACAAUAGUUACUUUUAACUCAAAAACACUCAUUUUUUCAUAUACAGUAUUUAUUUAUGUUUAAUAUUUUGUCUUUUCGUGUUAUGCUGUCUGUGGGAACUAUAUUGCUGUGAAGUCUUCUCUUGAUUUUCUCUAAAACAUGUGCUCAGAGGAUUUAGAGAAGUUCUGCUUCACUAGAUCUCUGAGUCUGAGUCAAUGUUUGUGUACAUGGAAAAGCCUCAAUAAUAAGUUUAUACUUAUCGGUCCAGGACCGACUAAUCAAGAACACAUAACAAAUGGAUCCUCAACAAAUGAUGGUGGACUCUGAAGGACGGCUGUGACACAUUCAUGCAUUUUAGAUGUAAAUGACGUUUUACAUUUAUCAUGAGUGUUGCUUGAGAUGAUUUACAUUGCCAACGGCUGCUUCUCUGGAAUUGUUGUGCAUAUGAUAAUAAAAGAACGUGAUACCUCUA